AUGGCCGCUGCCCUAGUCGUGGACCUGGAGGCGGAGCACAGCAUGGACGUCAUCCUGGUGGGCUCCAGCGAGCUCUCAUCCCCUCCGUCACCCAGGUCACGCAGAGAUCUUGUCGCGUAUGAAGUCCAGGUGAACCAGCGAGACAUAGAAGACAUGUGCAUCUGCUGUGGAAGCUUCCAGGUGCACACGCAGCACCCUCUGUUUGAGGGAGGGAUGUGUGCUCCAUGCAAGGACAAGUUCCUGGAGUGCCUCUUCCUGUACGAUGACGACGGGUACCAGUCCUACUGCUCCAUCUGCUGUGCGGGAGAGACGCUGCUCAUCUGCGAAAACCCCGACUGCACCCGAUGCUACUGUUUCGAGUGCGUCGACACGCUGGUCGGCCCGGGGACGUCGGGGAGAGUUCACGCCAUGAGUAACUGGGUGUGCUUCCUGUGCCUGCCCUUCCCCCGCAGCGGGCUGCUGCAGAGGAGGAGGAAGUGGCGAGGGUGGCUGAAGGCCUUCUACGACCGCGAGGCGAAGAGUCCCCUUGAGAUGUACAAAACUGUGCCUGUGUGGAAGAGAGAGCCAGUCCGGGUGCUGUCCCUUUUUGGGGACAUCAAGAAAGAGUUGACGAGUUUGGGCUUUUUGGAAAGCGGCUCUGGGCCGGGGAGGCUGAGACAUCUGGAUGAUGUCACCGACGUGGUGAGGAGGGACGUGGAGGAAUGGGGCCCCUUCGACCUCACCUAUGGCUCUACACCCCCCCUUGGCCACACCUGCGACCACCCCCCUGGGUGGUACCUGUUCCAGUUCCACCGUGUCCUGCAGUACGCGAGGCCCCGGCGGGGCAGCCAGCAGCCCUUCUUCUGGAUGUUUGUGGACAAUCUGGUGCUGACCGAGGAGGACCGGGCCGUGGCCACUCGCUUCCUGGAGACGGACCCCGUGACCAUCCAGCACGUCCGAGGCAGGACCACCCAGAACGCCGUGCACGUGUGGAGCAGCAUCCCCGCCGUGAGGAGCAGGCACUCGGCCCUGGUUUCCCAAGAGGAAUUAGCCCUGCUGGCCCAGGACAGGCAGAGAGCGAAGCCCCCCGCCCAGGGGCCAGCCGCGCUGGUGAAGAAUUGUUUCCUCCCCUUGAGAGAAUAUUUCAAGUAUUUUUCAACAGAGCUCACUUCCUCUUUACAAAUGAGUCAUUAUACUGGACUUGCCCACAGGAAGCAGGAAGCCCACUCGCCUGGGCUCCCUGGAGGACAGGCCACUGGAGAGCGCUGA